GCUGAAACCGCUGCUGCCCCGAUGGGAGAUCUGAGCUGCUGCAGCGCACGUCAAGACCUGCAGGGCCAAGAUCUCCACUGAUCUGGCGGAUUCGAUUCAGGUGAGCACCUCUCUCCCCUGAUCGGAAUGGAGCAGCUGGACCCCCUCCCGAGGAGCGUCAAGAUAGUCGUCCUGGGCGACGCGGCCGUCGGCAAAACAGAGCUGCUGCGCGUCCUCUGCCCCAACGACAACGGCAUCUCCACCAGCAGCGGCCCGCCUUCGCCCUUCGCUGGCAGCCCGGGGGCACUGAUGUCAGCCGAGAUCAGGCGGCCCGUGGCGUCGUGGACGUGCGGCUGUCGGGUGAGCGUGCGCAUUCAUCCGCUGGAGUCUGGCGAUGGCCCCGACGGCGGCAAGGGCGGCGUGCCGGUAGAGUUUUGGGAUGUGGGCGGCACCAGGGCAUACGCUGGGGCGAGGAAUGUCUUCUUUGAUGGGCUUGACGGUCAGUCGGGGGCUACCACACACACACACACAGAGGCGGACAGAGGGAGGAUGUGUGGCUGUUUGGUUUGUGUGGUGCAGGUGUGUUGUUGGCGUAUGAUGUGUCAAACCUCAAGUCGUAUCGCAAGCUGAGCCAGUGGCUGAUGGAGGUCUGCCAGAGGGCCGCACCGCCAUCACGGGCAUUCUGGCACGGCGAAGCCAACAGGGAUAAAGUCGCCCCGGAUGAGCAGCCAGGCCCCGCUGCUGCCGAAAGGUCAGUCCAUGGAAGGCACACCCAGACACGUGUGUGUGUGUGUGUGUGUGGAUUCUUGUCCCUCUCGUCCUUUCCUGUCUGAUCCAAUCACUGCAGUGAUGACGGGCCUGACGUGGAGAAUCCGACGACAGGUAGGCAACGCACAAGCCUGCCUGUGGACCCAUGUAUCUCGCGUUGUGUUGAUCUGUGUGGCGUGUGGUCGUCGUCAACCAACUGCAUCCAGCUGAGUGUCUGUUGAGCGGCCGGUGUCCGAUCCUGAUAGUGGCCAACAAGGUGGACCUCCUGACCUCCCACUCACACACACGGCCCCCGCCACAGCUGCCACCACCACCACCACUUGUCGAUAGGUACACACGAGUGCCAGACAACCAUGCAGCCAGUCGGCAGCAGAAGUGAGUCUGCCUCUCUCCAUUGUGUGCGUGUCUGUGUGUCAGGUUGUUUGGCAGUCAGAGUCUGCACCACUUCAUGGACGACCUGUGGCUCGAUUACAGCAGAAAGAAGGUGACUGACGACUGACGCCUCAGCAGCUGGCUCGCGCCAUGCAGCAGCUUCCAUGGAUGUCUGUCGUGUGCAGGGUUACGAGAGCUCUCUUUUGGCGUCGCGAGUUCUGCAGCUGCUGCGGGAGGCGCCCGAGAUGCAGACGGUGAGUAAGGCGGGCGGCCCACUGCCCACAUGCCACAGUGUUUGUUUUUCAGAGUGCCCGUUCUGGGUGGUACGACAUGGGCGUGCUGAAUGAGUUCCUGCAGAGGGCUCACCGAUUCCACCUGGAGAGAGGCUGACCGCAGACACACACACGCCUGUGACUAACGAACGGGCGGGAAGGGCAGUGCGUCGUCUGCUUUGG